AAUGAACUUGGUGACAUACCACCAUCUUACCAACACCAAAAACCAUUUCUGAUAUAUAUUUACUGGAAUGGAUGUUUUCAACCGACCUCCAGCUAUAUCUGAAGACACUGUUCAAUAUACUAUCUAUCCGCCCACUGAUCUACUCGAAAAAUCGUCCGUAAUCACAUUUGCAACACAGUUACAAUCUCUCGUCGACUCCUUACUCCCGGAUUUCCUUUGGCACCGUGACCCUUUCCAACUAAAAGUCGUUCCGAAUCCAUUUACGAAAGAUGCAUGGAUACUUGAAGGGAGAAUGCGGGUGGGCGAUAGCGUAGACGAUGAGUGGUGUGCAGUAUGGUUGCUGAAAGAGAUUUCUGCACGCUGGGAUGUUGUCGUGAGUGUCUUCGACUCUGAUGGAGAGUUCCUUUUGAUUGAAGCAGCAGAAGCUCUACCUUCAUGGGUAAAACCAACAAACUCUGAAAAUAGGAUUUGGCUUCAUAAGUCUCAUCUACACUUGAUCCCCCUUUCCCGUACUUCUCCACCACACGGAAAGCGAUACAGGCGCCAGCUGCCAGGAGCCAAUCACGAUGAUGACGAAGAUGGCAAUCUCGACGAGCAAGAGGACUAUCUUGCGGUGCAGGAUGCGCUGACGCUGGUGCGGGAUACAACUGCGGACACGCAGGCUCCUCAAUCAGUUGAAAAUAUUGUUUGGCAGAGAAUUUCUGGGUACCCCACUUCUGCAAGGAACCAUGUUCAUAUCACUAAAGCAUAUCUACCCGUCGAUAUAGCUAGAGCUCUCUCUGUCAACCCGUCGCUCGUGCAGCAACCUGUUGAGACAUUCUAUACACGGGAUGCGAUACAAUUACGAUCUGCCCAUCGCAUGUCUCGAUUCCCUCCACAGCCAUCGACUCUGAGUUGCGUUAGAUUGACGCGAACGGCAUAUGCGCAACUUGUCGCCCAAAAAUUUCACCCCCCAAAAAUCUUUGGACGGUGGCGAGAGCAGGAAGGUAGUACUGAGUGGCGAUGGCGGGAUGUUGGUAUGAAACUCGCUUGCGGAUUUGAAAUGCUCUAUCAAGAAAGCAAAAAUAAAACUGACAAUCUUAAGAACACUCCUGAUGCAAUCAAGUCUUCUGUCCAAGCGCAAAAGGAUGCUUCCCGUCGGAAUCCUGACUAUGUUAAAUACAUUCAAAGUCUAGUUUCUCUUGGCUAUUUCAGAGGCGAGCUCGAAGGUUCACAGUUGUGGAAUGAACUUGAAGACAAAGCGGUGGCCAACUUCCUCGAGUUUUCUAAGGAAACUGACGCAACACGUCCAUCUUUUGCAUCACGUUUCUCUGCUGCGUUGUCUAAUGCUCCGGACGUGAUACCAAGCUCAGCUGAGGGUAGAGAAGAUUCUGAUUCGUGGUUAAAUGUUGACGCACGCGAUUUCGACGACAUGUUGGCACGAACACUUGGUCACACUAAAGACCAGUCUUCGUCGGACUUUCAGCCUAUGGAUACCGAUCAGCCAGAGGGUGAACAAGGCGCAGAAGACGCUGUUACGAAAGAACAAACAUCGAGGCUGCAGGACCUAGCGAAGAAAGUCGAAGGAUUUGUCGAAGGCGAAGGCGAUAUCGAAGGUGCUAGAUUUCAGGAUGAGGAAUUUUCUGACGAAGAAAUGAGCGGUGACGAUGACGAUGAGAAAAUGCUUGAUUCCGAUGACGAAAGUAGUGACGAGACGUCCGAUACUGAUUUAGCUGCGCGACAGGUGGCUAUGGACAAGCUUGUUGCUCCUCUCGACCCUUCAGAAUACGGCCAGAUGCCGCCAUCCUUUCACAGUAACUCUCAGCGUGUCACCAAGGUUAUGGUGGAUAAUGAUGUUGUUGAAGCUGAUAGCGGCAGCGGGCCUUCUAUAGAAGAGGUUAAGCCCGCCAGGCAAGUCCGAGCGCCCAUCCUCACUAGGGAUACAUACGAAGGGGUUGACUCUGAUGAUGAAACUGAUGAGGAAGAUAUCGAGGAAGACGAAGAUUCGGAAGAAGAUCGACCGCAGGUCGUAGGAGAAGUUGAAGUGGAUAUGGAAGAAGAGAUGACAGAAUUCUUGGAAUUUUCUCGACAGACACUGGGUAUAUCGGAUGCACAAUGGGGUGAUAUUGUUCGGGAACGGGAAGGCCGCAGCGCGUUCGUGCCACCAAGUCUUACACCAACGCAAAGUAAUCCCACAGGGGAACGUUCUCACUCUACUAAGAAGGAAUCAACGAAAGUGGAUAUUGGGUCUUCGGGAGGUUCUUUGCCGGAACAAGGGCACAGUCGAAAUCCGAAUCUCGAUUCAUUUGAAGCAGUAAUGCAGGCUAUGGAUGCAGAACUAGCUCGCACGCGAAAGGCUCCGUCAAUUCCUAAAACUGGAUCGCCUAUGGCAUCCGCCGCCAAAUCAAGCAAAGCUCAAGGGAAAUCUCCUGAUGUGGAAGAUGAUGCCGAUGUCGAGGAAGAUAUGGAUGCCGAGCUGAAGGCUAUCCUGGAACGCGAAGACUUAGACGACGACGACGAGUUAGGAGAAGGAGAGGGGAUGGAUUAUAAUCUAAUCAAAAAUUUUCUGGAAAGCUUCAAGAGUCAAGCAGGGCUUUCUGGUCCUGUCAGCAACCUUGCGGGGCGUCUACAGCCUGAGUGGGCUCUUCCGCGGGAUGGGCUGUAGCCGUCCAUGUCUUUCCCAUGGAAGCCCUGCGCAGGCCCCCCGAGACUAGUUUGUGCCUAUCAUUAUGGAUAAUCACUGAACAGUUGAACUUGUCAUAGUUUUCGUGGUAGCCUUUCUGAUGUUAUGUGUUUGUUCUCAAUUGCGACACUGACAAUGUUGACGGCGUUAAAAUUAGAGCCGUAGGUGUCGGGACAUCCUUCGAAGCUGGGGGCCUUGGGGUAUCUGAUAGUCCUUAUCUUAUCGGUCCUUACAUUUAGUAUAACAUUCUUAUGCGAUGCAUCCUUUAAUGCAUUCAGCUUGACAUUCCACGCACUUCAUCAAAAAUACGGAUGCAAUUCAGGGAUCUAGAUCCUGUGACUG